CCGUCCCCGCCGGGAGCCUCCCCCGCCCGGGGCCCGCCCCGGCUCCGCGCUGAGGCGGCGGCGGAGCGCGCCCGGCCAUGGAGCGCUACGAGAAGCUGGGCAAGGUCGGGGAGGGCUCGUACGGCGUCGUCUUCAAGUGCCGCAACAAGGACACGGGGCAGAUUGUGGCCAUCAAGAAGUUCCUGGAGUCCGAGGAGGACCCGGUGAUCCGGAAGAUCGCCCUGAGGGAGAUCCGCAUGCUCAAGCAACUCAAGCACCCCAACCUGGUGAAGCUGCUGGAGGUGUUCCGGAGGAAGCGGCGGCUGCACCUGGUGUUCGAGUACUGCGAGCACACGGUGCUGCACGAGCUGGACAGGCACCCCCGAGGGGUACCAGAGUACCUGGUGAAGAGCAUAACCUGGCAGACCCUGCAGGCUGUGAACUUCUGCCACAAACACAAUUGCAUCCACCGGGAUGUAAAGCCAGAGAACAUCCUGAUAACAAAGCACUCAGUCAUCAAACUGUGUGACUUCGGAUUUGCCCGAAUCCUGACUGGUCCCAGUGACUACUACACCGACUACGUGGCCACCAGGUGGUACCGCUCCCCGGAGCUGCUGGUGGGGGACACGCACUACGGUCCCCCCGUGGACGUGUGGGCCAUCGGCUGCGUGUUCGCUGAGCUGCUCUCGGGGGCGCCGCUGUGGCCGGGCAGGUCGGACGUGGACCAGCUGUACCUGAUCCGCAGAACCCUGGGGGAUCUCAUUCCCAGACACCAGCAAGUGUUCAGCACCAACCAGUUCUUCAGUGGGGUAAGAAUUCCAGAGCCAGAGAGCAUGGAACCACUGGAAAUGAAAUUCCCCAACAUUUCAUACUCUGCACUGGCUCUCAUGAAGGGCUGCCUUCGGAUGGACCCUGCAGAGAGGCAGAGCUGUGAGCAGCUGCUGCAGCAGCCCUAUUUUGACAGCUUCAGGGAGGCUGCAGAGCUGGGCAGAGAACACGGGAAGAGCCCUCAGAAAGCUGCCAGGCUGCCUCGGAAGCACAUGCCCGGGUUACAGCACCUGCCUCAGCUGACCUGCAGCAACGUUCUCCCAGCUUUGGACAGCAAGAAGAACUGCUGCAAGACAAGGAAAUCAAAGUGCCACUUCCCAAACAUCUGACCAGGUGGCAAAUCAAAAUUCAGUUGUUGGGAGUUAUCCAGGAUUCCUAGAUGGAGAAUACACAGUGGAACAUCAAAUUACUCCAAGUUGUGGCAUGCACAGAGUAGUGUGUGAUGGAGAGGCAGUAAUGCAGAAAGAACUCCAAGCUCACCUUAGUGUUCUGUGUACAAAGGCAAAUCCAUUUUUAAUUCCUGAUUUGCCUCCUGGUUCAGGAUUACCCCGACCCAGUGCUCACAGUAUGAAAUUUAAACUCUGCCUAUCUGUCCCCUGCAUUUCAGACUUGGCAGGAGAACUCGACCUUGCCAAAUGCAGAGUCCCUGCUGUGUGAGGAGCUGUGUGAGGGGCUGGAAGAGGAGUUGGUGCAGCCCAGGCUGAGGGGCUGCCUGGCUGCUCUCAGCUGCAGAGCUGCACCAGGCUCCUCCUGCCCUUACAGAGCUCAGGAGUCUCAGGGUGCUGCUGUGACUUCACAGGCUCAACAGGCAGGAGAACAGAGCAGUGUCCCUCCUGUUCCUUUAGUCUUUCCACAGCUUCUCCUGCAACUUUCAUCCUUGAAUUCUGCUGCUGACAAGAGUGAGGGCACUUGCUUGUAGUUACAAAAAUGUUUUUAUCAAAACUAAUCAUGAAUGUGAUUUGUAAAAUUGGCCAGACACAGGCAGGAAUUCUGCCCACGUGUUUGUGUUAGAAUGACUGGGGUUUGUGGAAUCUCAGAGUAUAAUCCUGUGCUGAUUUUUAAUAAAGAAAUAGAGCUUC